UAGUUGCAUGAGUUCUUAUCAAGAAGAGCAAACUUCAUUAGAAGAAGACCUGGUUUGUUUUUGCUUUUGGCAACUCUGGAGGAUUUCUGGAAUUUCAUGAGAUAUGCUUUGAGCCACGCACAAGGAACUCUCAGCCUUCAAGUAGCAAUAAAAUGAAGGAGAAAUAAUAGAUGCCUCUACUUCUCUUUAUACAUCCUUCUGAACAGCGGUGGAUUGAUCCCAGACGGAGACAGCCAUUGAAUAGAGAGCAGUGGCUGUGAUGAGAUAGUGAUAGACCAGCACAGAAUGGGCAUAUGCGAAAGCAGAAACAAGAGCAGUCGGGGAGAAAAGAAUAAUUCUCUAUAUAGACAGAAAGAAAGAAGAACCCUGAAAAAGAAAGUUCCUCCACCCCCGGGCAAGAAUGUACCCAUCACUUCUGGUGACCAACUUGAUAAAGGCAAGCAAUAUGCAAUUGCACAGUAUGAUUUUACCUCUACAAAUGACCGUGAUCUGCCUUUCACUGUAGGAGAGAAGUUUGAAGUCAUCUGCAGCAAUGGGGAAUGGUGGUUAGCAAAAUCCCUUACUACUGGAAAGAAGGGCUACAUCCCUAGCAAUUUUGUGGCCUACAUCAACAGCCUGGAAGAAGAAAAAUGGUUCUUUAAAGGCCUUAACAGAAAAGAUGCUGAACGCCUUUUAAUGAUACCAGGCAACAGAGUAGGCUCAUUCUUGAUAAGGGAGAGUGAAUCUGAUCCAGGCACCUUUUCACUUUCCAUUAGAGACAUUUCUUCCCAAGGGGACGUUGUCAAGCAUUACAAAAUCUGCACUAUGGACCAAGGGGGAUACUACAUCUGCCCCUGGAUUACAUUUCCUUCUCUGCAGAAGCUUGUCAAGCAUUAUUCCAUUAAUGAGAAUGGUUUGUGCCAGAGGCUAAGAUAUCCAUGCAAGCCUCUGACUCCACAAAUACCCUGGGCUGCUGAUGAAUGGGAAAUCCCACGAGACUCCAUAAAACUCAUCAAGAAGUUAGGAGCAGGCCAGUUUGGUGAGGUGUGGAUGGGCUAUUUCAAGAAUAACGUGAAGGUGGCAGUCAAGACUUUAAAAGAAGGCAGCAUGUCCCCUGAGGCGUUUUUGGCAGAGGCCAACUUGAUGAAGAGACUUCAACAUAACAAGUUGGUUCAGUUGCAUGCCGUGGUGACCCAGGAGCCAAUUUACAUCAUAACGGAAUACAUGACCAACGGAUGCUUGCUGGAUUUCUUGACCACCAAGCAAGGGAAGAAUCUGUCUGUUCCAAAAUUAAUAGAUUUCUCUGCUCAGAUUGCUGAAGGGAUGGCAUACAUUGAGAGAAUGAACUCCAUCCACAGAGACCUCAGAGCAGCCAACAUUCUGGUCUCAGAGUCCCUUUGCUGCAAAGUUGCUGAUUUUGGCCUGGCUAGAAUCAUAGAAAAUGAAUAUCUUGCACAAGAAGGUGCCAAAUUUCCUAUCAAAUGGACAGCACCAGAGGCAAUUAACUAUGGACUUUUCACAAUCAAAUCUGAUGUCUGGUCCUUUGGAAUUCUUCUCACUGAAAUUAUCACCUAUGGACAGACUCCCUAUCCAGCUAUGAUGAAUCAUGAUGUUAUCAGACAUCUAGAACAGGGCUACCGGAUGCCCCGUCCAGAAUCCUGCCCCUCUGAACUCUAUGCAAUAAUGUUAAAAUGUUGGAAGAACAACCCAGAAGAAAGACCUACGUUUGAAUACCUCCAGUUUGCUCUUGAAGACUUUUAUACAGCCACAGAAAGACAGUAUGAACCUGAGCCCACUACUACCUGACCCAUGUUCAUCAAAGUUGAAGGCAUUUUUCUUUUCUUUUUUUAAUCACAGCAUGAAAUAGUUGGGGAGAAUUUCCUCUUAGUUGGACUUUGCAAAGUUGUUCCCAGUCAUUUGAGAAGGAAAGACAUAUCCAUCUCUGAAGCCAUAUUCACUGCUUGUCCUUGCCUGGCUCUGGUCCCCCCACCCCCCAAGUGAACAAUGUAAGCCAUGAAGGCUGGGGUUAGAAUCAAGAAAAAGAAAGAAUGUGUGACAAGGAGCAGGGUCUCACUCUUUUACCCAUGCUUCCCAAACCCAUGUCCAUGUCCACAUCAAUUUAUCUCAAACUGUAUGUUUUGCACUAUGAGAAAGAAUCCAAAGUAAUGGUGUAAGGAUUGUUCAGUCCAGUUGAAAUCAUUGUUUCCAUUCAGAUUGUCCUUGGAAACAGAAUUGACCAUUCAAAUCAAACUGGAAAAUCAAACUUAUUCACUUCAAUGUUGCAGCUCAUUCACCAGAUACAUGGAGUGGCUAAACUGAAGUAGGAUUGAAAUUGGAAUGAGGUGGGGGGGGGAGUGGGGGAGACAGGUGAUUAUGCAUAUGAGAUUACAUGUGAGACAGAUUAUAAAUGCCAUAUCAAUGAACAAUUGCAAUGUCUUUAAAAAAUCUGUGUCCAUUAAUUCUUUUCUGCAAAGUCUGGCCU